AUGCUCGCCCACUCAUUCCUCGCCGGCCUGGCCCUCGCAGCCUUCUCCAUCGCUAGCCCAGUAGCCCGGGCAGAAGGCUCAUGCUCCGACCCCGUCGUUCGUAAAGAAUGGCGCGAACUCACGAGCGCUGAAAAGACAGAAUAUCUCCGCGCUGCAGUCUGUCUCCGCAACCUCCCCAAAAAGGCAUACGAAGCCAUAGACGAUGUCACAACGCGUAUGGAUGAUCUUGUCUACACCCAUUUCAGCCUCAACACGGAGAUACACUUUGUCGCAAACUUCCUUCCCUGGCACCGUUGGUAUGUCCAGCUUCAUGAGGAUAUGCUCCGCGAUGAGUGUGAUUACAAGGGUGUUCAGCCAUACUGGGACUGGACGAUUGACGCCGACAAGAACGAUGUCGUAAAUUCUCCUCUCUUUGAUCCCAAGACUGGAUUUGGCGGUGAUGCCAAGCUCACCGGUAGUGAUGUUCCUGGUUUCAAGCGCUGUGUCGUCGAUGGACCUUUUGCCAACACGAACCUUACACUGGCUAUGGGAUGGCCCGAUAUGAACACCCCAGGCAACCGUCUUCAUUGCUUCACUCGCGAGUUCAACGGUGGUCUUGGCAAGGAUGAGGAUGGAAAUCAGAUCCUGGGCGAUAUGCAAGCUACUGCCUACAACUCUCGGGUCAUGGAUACCAUCUACAGCUUUGACAACUACCACUCCAUGUCCGGUAUGCUUGAGGGUCUACCUCAUGCUCAGAUUCACAGCAUCAUCUUUGGUGAUAUGGGUCCCGCUACUUCGCCCAAUGAGCCGCUCUUCUUCCUUCACCACGCCAAUGUCGACCGUUGGCAAGGUCGCAACGCCACUCGUCUGGCUGACUAUACCGGCUUCAACGACCUCGACAAGUGGAACUCUGCCGAUAUCAAUGACAACAUGCCUGUUAUGCGUCUAGCUGAUAAAGAGCCAGUUGUGAAGGACUACAUGGAUACUCGCGCCGGCCCCCUGUGCUACACCUACUCAUCCAUGUAA